UCUUUGGUCUAUAAAAUGUCAGAAAGUUGUAUUUUAUUUCCCUGAUCCAUUGAUUACGUGUUUGGUCUUUCCAAUUGUUGGAAAAUGGUGAAAAAUGCCGAAAAGCAUUUCCCAGAUCCCAAGAUGACGUCCUCAAAUGUCCUGCUAUGUCCACAGCUGGAAGAUAUUCAAAUUACUGUCAUAGAGGAGUAAAGAAACCAGAAAAUGUUCACAUUAAAGAGGCUGCGAUCAGAUGAUUUUGUCAUGUUUUCUUAAGGACAUUACUCAGACCAAUCAAUCAUUCAUCAAAAUAAUUCGUGAUUAAUUUAGCAGUUGACGACUAAUCGAUUAGUUGUUGCAGCUCUAAUAAGUGAAUCAAAUCUGAUCAGACAUUGACCCCCCAGUAAUACUUAGUAUGUCACCUAGUGAUAGUUUGUUGUCGUGACUAAAUUGAUGUUGCAAUCGAACAGUUCGUCAUUUAACAGGCCACACUCUGUAUCCCCUCCAUAGGCAGGCACCCAAGGGUCUGGACCCUGGAUUGUAUUCAUGGGUCCACACACUAGCUUGAAUUAUGUUUUUAAAAAAACAAGCAUUAUUGAGAAACCCAAAGUCUCUACAAGAUUUGCAGUUUUCUGCCAACAUCCAUUGUCAUUAGGUUAUCAUCCAUCUGAUACAAAUCAUAGAGCAUCCUGUCCACCGUGUCUCGGGCAUCAGAAGAUGACCUCCAUCCUGUCAGACAAAUGACAGGAGGAAGCGCAGGGGUGCUUUCAUAAAGCCGCAGCACUUGUAACAGGUGGCAAAUUGCAUUAUGUUUCCAUCUGAGCGGCAGAGAUCAGGAACACAGAUCCACACUCAUAUUUAAAAAAGAGAGGUUUCUAAUCAUCAGGAUUGUCAUGUGACAUCAUUUAGCUACAGAAUGUAGCCUGUGUGAGCUGGGCUGUGCAUCAAAGCAAGUGUAACAAGGUUUCGGAGAUGGGUUUCGGUCAGCCGGCCCCAGUCGCGGGCCUCCUUAACAAGGUUAUGUGUUUAGAACCCAGGAGCUCCCAAGUCCUAAAGGUUGAUGUGAACAGUUAAUCACAAACCUUGUCCAUUGAAAAUACAGCGCCCAUUCAUCCAUAAACCCAUUGUAGGUUCAUGAUGUUUCCUGACAUGUUGAAACACUUGUACAAACUCCCAGUUAAAGAAUUCAAAUCAAGCAUACACAAAGGAUGUUUUUCUUCUGUUCUAAAGCUGGAAAAACAGGAAACCAACAUGCUACUGAGUUUAGAAUUAAUGGAUGCAUUUUCAGUUCCACAGCUUAAAAAAACACAAUGUCAACCUCAAGAUGUUAUCUAAGAUACUGUCACAUCCACCAUCUUUGUAAAGUUACUCUCCCUGAAGCGAUACAUCAGUGUUAUAUUAUGCGUCAGGGGACAGUAUAAACCGCUUGUUGACUUUUUUGGCUUUAGGGGACAGACGUUUAUGAACAGAGAUGUACAGAUGCUUCUUAAGGCAACAGAAUUCUGAAUUUCAGUGGCACUCCCUUUGAUCACAGCUGUGAUCACUGUAUAUGUAGGCUAUCUGGCUAUCUGUACCACCCUGGAAAGGAACAAGUGUAUGAGUGGUGCUGAGAUAAAAGGCUGACCUGAAAGACACCACUAAGGAAAUAAGAAAGUGAAUUUCCUGCGGUCUUAUGUGGAUGACCUCGCAGACCAGAACCAGGUGCUUGUUCAGACCAUCGAGGAUCUGCAAAAGGAAGCUGACAACAAGGUUUCCGAUUGGGGAAUGAAGCUACCAACAUCUGAUUGCAGCUUGCAAGUGCCUGUGUUUGAUCUGAAGACUUUGAUGCUGAAUGAGCUUGUUGGACCUGGAGCUCACGGUGCCGGUCCCUCGGUCCAGAUUGCAGCUGAGUUAGCGGAGCUGAAAAUCCAGCUGCAAUCCAAGGACACCGUCAUCUCUGAUCUGGAGAUGGAGCUCAGAGAGAAUCUCCAGGAAAAACAAAAGACUGCCACACAGGUGCUGGAGAGUAGUGAGCGGCUGGUGCACCUGCAGAGCGAGCUCGCUUGUCUGCAGCGGAUCCAGAAAGACAACAUGAAGGAGAUCGCCGAGAGAGACAUCUGCAUCACCAGUCUGCGAGCUAACAUCGAGCUGCUGCAACAAGAGGGGGCCGACUCGUGUGCUCAGCUCUCCAAGAUGAGUGCGAGAGCAAGGGAGCUUCAGGAGGAGCUGAGGAGAAAAGAGGAGGAAUGGAGGCAAAGAGAUGACGAACGGAGACUGAAGUAUGAAAACGAGCGUCAAAAAGCAGAGGAGAGGACAAGUCACGAGCGACAACAGAGAGAGGAGGAGGAGGAGAAGAAGGAGGAGGAGUGGAAGAGGGGAAUGGAGGAGGAGAGAAGGGCCCAUGCUGAAGCUGCUAAAAAGUGGGCUGAGAAGGCUGCUCUGUUGAGUUCUGAGGCCGAGGCCAGAGUGGCUUCUUUGCAGGGCGAUCGUAGCGCUGUAUUUAAAAGAAGGUUGGAGGAGAAACAGAUGAAAGAGCGAGAGGAGCGUGUGAGGCACCUGGACCAGGAUGUGGUCCGUUUGCGAGCCACACAGGACUCUCUGAAGAAAACCUUGGCUGCAAAGGAGAAGCACACACAACAGCUGGUCCGAGACAACACACAGCUUAAAGAAAGCUUGGCGUCACUGCAGAAUAAAUUACAAAUGAGUGAGUGUACGUUGAGUGACAUCAGUGAAUCCUUGGAUCAGACCAACACCAUCCUGAACACGGAAAGACAGCAGAGGCAGCAGAUAAAGGAGCAGCUGCACAAUGCCAACAAAGAGACGGAGCGUCUGCAGCAGGAACUGACCCACAUGCGUCACGCCACUGAAAAGAAGAUUCAGAAGAGGGAGAUUAAGAUGUGCGCGCUGGUGAGGGAGCUCACAGAGAGCAAGAAGCAGCACUCUGAAUGUCAGAAAGAGUUGCUCCACAGAGAGACGGCUUCGGAGAAACUGUGCGAGGAGAGGGAUGAGCUGAGAGCCAAGAUGGAGGACCGAGGCAGAGAGUUUGUCCACCUCGACCAGACCAAAGAGAGGCUGGAGGCAGAUUUGGCUCUGAGCCACGAGAAGCUCCACACCUUGCACCUGGAGGUUCGAAGCAGAGAUCAGUUAAUUCUGCAGUUAAGGGCCGAAAUGAAGAUAGCUGAACAAAAGCAUGAAACAACACAGGAACAGGUGGCAGCACUGGAGGGUGAGGUAAGACACUUGAAACAUGAGGUCAUAAGGCACCAGGAAGAGGCCUGUCAGUUGAACGAGAAGGUCAGAGAUAUCGAGUGCCUUAAAGACCAGAAGGAGAAAGAACAGCUGCAGAUACAUGGUCAGCUCUGUGUUUGUCAGCAACAGGUCGAGACAUUUGAGGGGAAGCUUAAGAAGCAGGAGGUUGAGAUGGAACUUCUUCAUCAGCAGCUCAAAGCAGCCAAGGCGGAGCUGAAAGAUGCCAGUUUGCAAGCCCAGAGGCAGAACGAAACUGCAGCCAUUUUUAAACAAAAGUACACAGCAGCUAUAGAGAAGGUGCAUAGGGUGCAAGGGCAGGUGGAGGCUGUAGAAGAGGAACUACGGUACUCACAGCUACAGCUAAGAGAUUCCCAAUCAGCAACUCAUUUGGUGAAGGAAGAGCUAGCUGAAAUGGCGCAGCGGUAUCAGGAAAAGGUCGGCCAGUGGGAGAAUUCACAGGAAGCUCUUGACCAGAUGACGGACGAGCUCCAGGCCAAUCAGAAUCUACUGUGGGAGACUCAGCAAAAAGCGGACCACCUUAAAGGCCUGAUAGGAUCCCUACAGGAGCAGGUGGACACACACAAACAACAGAAACUUGUGCUGGAGUGUGACCUACACUUGUAUCGGCAGAGUCAUUCUCAUUCUGACGAGGAGUAUCAAUGUCUGCUAAGACACAGACAACAGCUGCAGAGGCGCUGUACUGAGCAGGCUGAGCACCUUGCGGAGUGUGAAAAGGCUGUUCUUCAGAUGAAGUCAGAGCUGGAGAGACAAACCCAGGAAAAAGUGGGUCUAAAGCAAAGUCUUGUUGCGUCCCACCAAGCGCACACGAGCAGUCGCAGCCAGCUUGAACAGGAAGUACUAAGUCUGAAAAAGGAAGUUACACGCUUGGAGCUUGAGCUGGCGGACACCCAAAAGGUCCAUGUGGCACUUCUCAGACAGUCAGAAAAGGAGCUGAAGGAGGCCAGACGAGAGGCAGCCAGAAGGAGCAGUGAGGUGGGCGUGCAACGAGGAGAGGUGCAGAGACUUCAAGAACAGUUACUGAAGGUUGAGGAAGAGAUGAGAUGCGCCAUCAGACAGAAACAGAGUCUGAGCGGUCAAGUCAGACAGCUGGGUCAAGAGUUGGAGGAGCUGCGCAGCAAGCACGAAGUGACAGUGGAGGAGUUGGCAGCCCGUGCAGAGGAGGCGAGGCGGAUGGAGGGGCGCCUGAAUGAGGGAAAGCUAGCAGAGGGGAAAAUAAGGUCAGUGGCUGUGAGGCUGGAGACAGAGAUGGCAGAGCUCAGGAGGAAUCUUCAGCAGGCUGUCGAUCACAAACUCAAGGCAGAGCAAGAGAAGCGGGAUGCACAGGACCAGGUGGAAACGCUCCGGUCGGAGCUGGAGGGGUCACGUUCUGACAAUGCAAACCUUCGCCAUGAGAGCCAGCUGGUCAUGACAAAUGUCAACUGUUGGAUUACUGAGCAAAAAGCGUCCAACGAGAGUCUCACUGCACAGAUGAAGGCCCAAAACAAGCUGCUGCUCAUCGUCAAAGGAGAGAAAGUACAUCUUCAGGAGGCUAAUGACACAUUGAAGGCGGAGGUAAAGCGGCUGAAAGAAGUGGCGGAUGAGAGGGAGAGAGACGCGGAACGCUUCAAGGCCCAGAUCCGAGACCAGGGCAUCCGGGCAGACGAGAGAACCAUGGGGAAGCAGGGUUUUGUAGCUCUAAACCUCAGCAAACUCGAGGACAUGCAGACUAGACUGCGACGCAACCUGGAGGCCAUCGGAAUGCUAAAUCAACAAUUAAACGCCCUCAGCUGGGAGAAUAAGCGGUUGCGUAGGCAGCUGGAGGAGGAGAGGUCUGUGCGACUGCUUCCUCCUCCUCCCACCUCCCAGCAGCGCUCCUCCGUCUUCUCCCUCAGUGCCCGCCCACCUCCACCUCCCUACCCUCACCCUCAUCCCUCCGCCCCCCUCAUCCCCUGAGCCUGCACACGGGGGACUUUGAUGGGAUUCUAACCCGGACCGAGCUCAGCGGAGCUGGGCUAGAGAGGCCAGGUGAGUCCCGGGCUUCAGCUGAAGCGUUCAGGAUUAGACCGACCGCCUCUGUGUCUCUGGAAGCUGCUCGGUCUGGGAGGACAAGCAGGGAUCUGACCAAAUGAAGCCCCCUGAAGACUUUGACCUGUCAUGACUUCUUGACCUACAGCUCCUCACCAGGGAGCGUGCUCAGUAUGAGGUUAAUGUCCUGCAGGUCAAAGUCAUGUCCCAGGGUGCUUUUUGCCAGAGGGGUCCUCUAGAACCAGCAAAUGAUGGAAUUUCAUCAAAUUGUCAAAAAUCAACUUGAUCAUGUCUCUACUAUUGUGCCACAAAGACAUUUACCCCACAUUUUUAUACGUAAAAUAAAAUCUCCCGUCAACAGCAUUUUACAUUUAACUUGCAAAAAGGAAUUGAUUGCAUUCUUAAUCUGCUCUGAGCAAGUGGUAGCUUUUAACACUUGCCAUUUCUUCCUCAAGCAGGGAUUUCUCAAGAAAAACCGUAGCACUAAGCACUAACACAUCUUUUUGUGUCUGCACUUACUGGAAAAUUCCAAAAGUUCUGAGGAACCAUAAUCAAUUUAAUUCAACUUAAACGGACAAAACAGAACCAGUGACUGACUGCGAGUUCUCGAGCGUUGAUGAAUGCGUCUUCCUCAUUCAUUUCGAAGCUUCGGAUAAAUGAGGGACGGCACAUCAUCAGUACACACAGACAUACCUCAGAUGUUGAUGCGAGUGGCCGUAACGCGGUCUCUGAUUACGCUGCAGCUGUGCGCCAUGUGUCCCGCAUCGACUGCGGUGAACGCUGGCCGCGUGUCUUCAUGUGCUGGUACGCUGUGUGUCUGUGCGCCUCUGCGGUUGAGUGUGUGCCUGUGUGCGACUGGAUGUUUAUUAUCAUUAGAUGUUUUAUGUUUUUGUUUUAUACUUUUUGUAAGUAUUUAUUGAUUUUUCUCUGUCGCUGUGUUUAAGCCCCCCUGUGUCGGAAAGAUGGAAAAAUAAAAAAAACAA